CCAGAUACGCCUUCCGAAUUUGCCUGCAGAGACCCCUUCUUGCCUUCCUCACUCUGAGGUGAACCAGGGAGGAGUUUAGACCAGGAGCAGUCGAGUCCAGUGGACCCAGUCUAUACAGCACAGGACUGAAGUGGGACAGACCGUGCUGAACUGGACUAAACUGGGAUAUUUGCUCCUGGGAGGACAGCUGAGCGUGUUUCUGUGGUUUGAAACGUCACUGCUGACAGUCCGAGGAUCCGUCCGACACAGACUCCCGCGGACAAGAGUGAACUCCCUGUCUGAGUGAGUGAUCCGUCUGUCUUCAGGAUGACUCGAGGAAGGUUCUUUACGAUUACCUCUCUUCCCGUGGUUGUGGUUGCACCCAAUAAGCAGUCAGGACCUUCGCAUUCAUAUGACGUGAUUUAAGCCACAUGUCCUGUUUACCAUAAUGGCCUCGAUGGUUGCCAAUGGAAACCGAGACGGGCAGUCUCUGGUCCUGAAGGGGGUGGACCCAGAGACCUGCAUGAUCGUCUUCAAAAACCACUGGGCUCAGGUCGUGAAGAUCCUUGAGAAGCAUGAUCCCUUGCGCAGCAGCUUCCCCCUGUCCUCUCCGAGUGUUAUCAACCUGAGCGGUGGCAGCCAUCGCUUCGGCCCGAUCCCCGGAGACGAGGCGAGUGCCGUGCAGAACUACGUAGAGCACAUGCUUUUCCUGCUAAUGGAGGAGGAAAGUGGCCAGGCUGGAGCCAUGGGUCCCAUCCUGGAGUUUGUGCUGAUGGAGAACGUGAUGGAGCGACUCUUUGUGUGGAGCCUGCGCAGGGAGUUCACGGAUGACAUGAAACUGGAGCAGCUGAAGAUGUACGAGAUGUUGGUGGGCCAGGCUCGCCAGCCGUUGCUGCAUCACAAGCCCAUCCUGCGGCCGCUCAUGAUGCUGCUGUCCUCCUGCUCGGGCACAGCGAUGCCUGCGGUCGAAGACGAACUGGUGCUGCUUCUUAACCAGCUUUGCUGUGUGCUGGCGAAGGACCCCUCGAUUCUGGAGCUGUUUUUCCACACAAGCGAGGAUCAAGGGGCCACAAACUUCCUCAUCUUCUCCCUACUCAUCCCUUACAUUCACAGGGAGGGGACUGUGGGCCAGCAAGCGAGAGAUGCCCUGCUGCUAAUCAUGUCAUUGUCUGCUGAGAACGAACGAGUGGCCAGACACAUUGUAGAGAACACCUUCUUCUGCCCGGUGCUGGCCACAGGACUGAGUGGCCUGUACUCAUCUCUUCCCACUAAGCUGGAGGUUCCCAGUGAAGAGUGGCAUUGCCUUCACAAGGAGGACUGGCUGCGGAUGCCGUCCCUUGUCCAGUUUCUAAACUCGCUGGAAUUCUGCAAUGCUGUCAUUCAGGUGGCUCAUCCUUCCAUCAAGGACCAGUUGGUGGCUUACAUUUAUAAUGGUUUUCUUGUGCCUGUCCUUGCACCAGCUCUGCACAAGCUCACUUUAGAGGAGGUGAUGACCACCACAGCAUACCUUGACCUCUUCUUGAGGAGUGUCUCUGAGCCGACCCUGCUGCAGACUUUCCUCUCCUUCAUCUUCCUCCACCAGCACGAGAACGUUUAUAUUUUAGACACAUUGGUCAGCCGCAUUAACACCCCUUUCCAGUUGGGCACAGUGUCUCUGGCACUUUUUCGCACUCUCAUCAGCUUCUACUGUGAAGAUGUGAUGCUGCAGCUCAUACUGAAGUACCUGAUCCCCUGCAAUCACAUGAUGUUGAGUCAGAGACGUGUGGUGAGGGAGAGGGACUUCUAUUCGGCAUCAGCAGCCAAGAUUCUGGAUCUGACGCCGUCCUGCUGCAGUCCUGAUCGCAGCCCCCCGCCCCUCCGACAGCUAGAUUCCAUCCUCUUUUCUAAAGGUGGGGUAGAGACUUCCAGCAACUCCAGCAGCAAAGACUCGCAAGAUCACCUCUCAGAGGAGGAGGACGGCUCGGGUAACUCCUGCACCAUUGGCUCAGAGAUCUACUUGGAUGUCAGUUACCUUCAUUACCUCUAUGAUGCCCGGCUUAGUAUCAGCAGCUGCAUACGGGCCUGCCGGGUCUGGUCGGCCCGUUAUGAUGGCGAGGACCCUCCUCCUGAGAAGUACCAGCCGGGCGUCCUCGAGGAGCCGGGGCUCGAAAGUCAACACACCAAAACAGCUCUGAUGAAAGGCCCGCAGCUGCGGCCUUUGCUGAAUGCUCGACCCAGCUUCCUGCCGAGUCGAGACCCACACUCAAUCGCCCAGCCGGAGCUGGAAUGGGAUGAUAGUUAUGACGUGUGUCCGGUGCAGACAGCCGAGACUCCUGUAGAGGGAAAACUUCCUCAUCUGCUACUGUCCGAGCCCCCAAAACACAUCCAGGAAAUGAGGAGGACUGCUAUCAUGCUGGUGAAAGGUUCAUACAUCGAGGAGAACGAGUUCCAAGAUGAUGUCAUGGUGUAUGAUCUCGUUGCAAAAAAGGACAGCUCGGAGGUCGAGCGCACGAACAGUAAAUCAAGAGGUUCACCAUCAGAGGAGGCUCAGCCAGGACCAGCAGAUGUUCCCCUAAAAAGUGUGCUCAGUCUAACCCUCCCCACGUCUGUGAUGACCGACGAUGACAAAAAGGCAAAGGUCAAAGUUCAGACAAAUUGUAAUGGAAACCUUCAAAACACAACUCCUGUUGAGAUGGGAGUUGAUUUUUUAGCUCAGUAUGAGGAGCUCAUUCGUACUCUGGACACUGAAUCAGGUGGGAAACAGGUCAAAGGUGAUGGAGAGUCGAAAACACCUGCCACAUCUGUAAAGAAUCAGAAGGAAGAGGAGGAGGAGAUGAUAGACUUCAGUUCGUUUGCUGUGGAAACACCAGAGCCAGAGAAGGUGCACUCCCCGUUGGGGACAAUUCAAAGGAUUUGCAGUGGAAGUUCUACCAGAUGUUACUCAGUGCCUUUUACAGGUCCGUUUAUAAGUGUGCUGCUUUCUCGUUUGGAGAACAUGCUCUCCAAUAGGCUUCAUGUCAACCUGUUGCUGACUGGCAUCCUGGCCCAGUUAGCGACGUAUCCCCAACCUCUGCUUCGCUCGUUUCUCCUCAACACCAAUUUGGUUUUUCAGCCGACUGUUCGCUCUCUUUACCAGGUGCUCGCGACUGUGAAGAAUCAUAUAGAAGAGCUUGCUGAGAGUAGGAAGGAGUUUCCGGAGCUGAUCACUACCGCCCAGCACUGGCUGCUGGCAAGAGAGGCUUCGUGUCUAACAGACAAAAGCGACGGCAGUGGCUCCAGUCACCACGACGGGGGACGACUCUCACAGAACUCUCCUCCGCCCAAACCCAAAGCCAUCUCUCUGGAUCAAACGGAGAUCUUUGCUACCGUCCUCUUCACAGAGUUCCUCAAAGAACUGGCAGCCAUCGCCCAGGAGCACUCCAUCCUGUCUUACAUUCCUACGGAAGAGUAGCUGCCACCCAGCGAAACCUCUGGUGAUUUAAGUCAUGGUUUUUAGCAAUAUUUUUCAGACACUACUUGACAAAAUGAUCCAACGAUUUCUAUUUCUAAAUGCAAUUUUGUAAAAAAAAAAAAAAAAAAAAGUUUUUCAAG